AUGGUUGUCACAUCAUCACAGUUCAAACUGGAGCCGUGGAUUCAGAAAUGGGGAAACGUCCGCUUUGAACGCGUCGCGCGACUCAACGCCGAGAUCCCGGACCAUGCCAUGAACGAAGAUCAAAGAAACCAUGACGCUGCGCAUACAUAG